AUGUUGUCCUUCCUUCAGCAUUUCACCGUCAUAGGGGACGACCUCAACCAGUUGCAUCGUGACUAUGAGAAAUGGGAGAAAGAGGAGCCAGAAGAUGCAGAGGAAAAGAUGCCUGACAUAGUCAUCAAAGAGGAAUACGGGCUCAAGGAAUCAAUGAAAAAACUGUUUCGGUCACACAAAUUCCAGAUCCUGGUCGUCAUCCUCGUUCUCAUAGAUGCUUCAAUAGUCCUCGGGGAACUGAUUUUGGAAUUAAAGUUCGUCGAUCCUCACCGACACAACGUCACACACAAGGUCUUCCACUACGUGAGCCUUUCCAUUUUAAUCAUCUUUAUGGUGGAAGUCAGCAUCAAAAUUUUCGCCUUUCACCUAGAGUUCUUGAGACAUAAAUUUGAAGUCUUCGACGCCUUCGUCAUCGUCAUCUCCUUCACCUUCGAUAUCGUUGUAGAGUUCCAUAACCACCAAUUCGAAGCGCUUGGGCUGCUGGUCCUUUUCCGAAUCUGGCGAGUGGCCAGGAUUAUCAGUGCUGUCAUGCUGUCCAUGAAGCUGCGGUCUCAUCAGCGCAUGUCCAGGCUGAAAAAAGCCAACCUGGAGCUCCUUGCAAAGGUCCAAGAGCUGGAAAGAAACUGCGCAGAGAAGGAGCAGGAAAUGGAAAAGCUCAAGAAGUUGCUGAGACAACAUGAGCUUCUCUUCUAG